AUGGAGUGGGAGAACAAGCAGGAGAAGACCAUCCACCACAUCACCCAUCUCCACCCCUUGAAGCUCACCGAUCUGCGCGGAGACGAAGCGAAGCCCGUCUGCCACGCGUGCCGCCAUCCUUCCGCCGCCUCGGCCUACCGGUGCGAGCGGUGCCGCUACGUUCUCGACCCGACCUGCGCUCGGCUGCCGCAAGUCCUCCGCCACCCCACCCCGCCCAUCCCUCCCACCCGCUCACCCUCCAUCUCUCGCCGGCGUACUCCACCGUUCGACCGACACCUCCCCUGCGACGGUCUCGCUGAGAAGCUGAGCCGCCCGUCCCAUCCCCACCCGGUGACGCUGGUCCACCAGGAUCCCACCAGUGGGCGGGGCUACUUGUGCGACCUGUGCCGAGGCGCUUUCGACGCCUCGUCUCAGUGGCUUUACAGCUGCAGGGCUUGCGAUUUCGGCGGCCACAUCAGCUGCUUCGUGUCGGGGACGAAGCCCGCGGAACAGGCCACCGCUGCCCAACGACAGAUCGAUCCGGCGGCGGCGCUGUCCGGGAUGCAGCAGAAGCUGAUGGCUCAGAUGUUCAUGGCAGACACGAUGGCGCAGACGGGGAGGAACGCGGUGGCGUUGACGGGAGGACCUCGAGAGUACGUUUACUAUAAUUCGGCGCCGCUACCGAGCCAGUACGCUGGCAUGGCCGAUUCAAUGGUGAUGAACAAUCUGGCAUUGUUAUCUCUGAACGAUCAGAAGACUGGUGGUGGUGGUGGUGGUCCGGCUGGUGGAGAUGUGGCAAGUUCUGCUGGGAAUACAUCCACUCUGUCAUAG